AUGCCAGAAGACGAAUUAGAGAAUAUCUGUGCGAAAAGCAACAAUGAUGAAGUUGUAUCUUCUAAUAAUACUGAAUCUAAUGUUAUUAUUAAAUCUAUUUAUAAUUCCAUAGAUGCUAACAAUAAUAAGAAUGACAAGAGUAACAAUGAAACCAUCGAUAAAGAAGAAGAAAAAGAAGAAGAAGAAGAAGAAGAAGAAGAAGAAGAAGAAGAAAAAGAAGAAAAAGAAGAAGAAAAAGAAGAAGAAGACGACGACGACGACGACGACGAAGAAGAAGAAGAAGAAGAAGAAGAAGAAGAAGAAGAAGAAGAAGAAGAAGAAGACGACGACGACGACGACGACGAUGAAGAAGAAGAAGAAGAUGACGACGAAGAAUUGUUUUUGUCAGAUCCUCAUAUUCGUACAGAUUAUUGUGCCUACUGUGGUAUUGAUGCACCGGAAUGCUUAAUUAAAUGUAAUAUGUGCAACAAGUGGUUUUGCAAUUCCAAACAGAAAUCAGCUAGUUCUCACAUAGUGAACCACUUAGUAUUAACACACCAUAAUCAUGUUUCUUUACACGAAAAUUCCGACUUGGGCGAUACAGUAUUAGAAUGUUACAACUGUGGUUGUAAAAAUUGUUUUAUUUUAGGGUUUGUUUCUGCUAAAAGUGAGGCUGUUGUCGUUAUAUUGUGCAGGUUGCCCUGUGCCCAGCAAAAAAAUUUGAAUUGGGUCACUGACCAGUGGCAACCAUUAAUUGAAAAUAAGCAGUUUUUGUCUUGGAUUGCUGAGCCGCCUAACGAGGAGCAAAUACUAAAGGCAAAGUUAAUAACUCCAAGUCAAAUUGCUAAACUAGAAGCCAAAUGGAGAUCCAAUAAAGAUGCCACUAUUAAUGAUUUAGAUCUACCUGAUGACUCGGAAGAGGAAGUUUUACCUAUCCUGAUGAGAUAUUCAGAUGCAUAUCAGUAUCAAAGGUCAUUUGCUCCCCUAGUUAAAUUAGAAGCUGAUUAUGACAAACAAUUAAAGGAAUCACAAGCUCUAGAACACAUUUCGGUAACCUGGUCCACCGAUGGUGCUAGAACCUUGGCCAGUUUUGCGUUAUCCACCUAUGAAUCAAAUGCGUUAAAAGUUGCUGUUGGAGAUGAAAUGAUUCUAAGGUAUUCAGGUUUGCAACACACAGAUUGGGAAGGUAGAGGCUAUAUUAUCCGAUUACCAAACAGUAUGAAAGAUGAAUUUACCUUGGAACUAAAGCCUUCUGCGUCAUCUUCCAAACAAACUCCGACUUCUUUAAAUACCGGGUUCACUGCUGAAUUUGUUUGGAAGGGCACAUCUUAUGAUAGGAUGCAAGAUGCCAUGAAAAAAUUUGCCAUUGAUAAAAAAUCGAUAUCCGGGUUUCUAUAUUAUAAUAUUUUAGGCCAUGACAUUCCAUCAAUAAAGUAUGAAGUUGAUUUACCGGAACAAUUUUCUAUUCCUAAUUUUGCUCAACUAAACAUAUCUCAAGCUCAUGCCGUUAGACAUGUUUUGCAAAGACCGCUAUCACUAAUCCAAGGACCUCCUGGUACUGGUAAGACUGUAACAUCUGCUACAAUUGUUUAUCAUUUGUCUAAAUUACACAAAGAAAGAAUUUUGGUUUGCGCUCCCUCCAAUGUUGCUGUGGACCACUUAGCUUCUAAAUUGAGGGAUUUGGGAUUAAAAGUUGUUAGAUUAACUGCUAAAAGUAGGGAAGAUGUUGAAAGUACGGUUUCUGAAUUGGGCUUGCAUAAUUUAGUGUUGAAAUCGGCGGAUGGUUCAUUCAAGAAAUUAUUGGACAAAAAACGCAACGGCGAGGAGCUAUCUGCCAAGGAGGCCAAGAAAUUUGUUGUCAAUGUAAGAAAAUACGAAGCAGGGAUUUUGAAAAAAGCUGAUGUUGUUUGUUGUACUUGUGUUGGUGCUGGCGAUAAGCGGAUUGAUUUUAAAUUCAAGACCGUUUUAAUUGAUGAGAGUACCCAGGCUACAGAACCUGAAUGUUUGAUUCCUAUUGUCAAGGGCGCAAAACAAGUCAUUUUGGUUGGUGAUCACCAACAAUUGGGACCAGUUAUUUUAGAUAGAAAAGCUGGCGAUGCUGGUUUAAAACAAUCACUAUUUGAAAGAUUGAUCACUUUGGGCCAUGUGCCAUUCAGACUAGAGGUUCAAUAUAGAAUGAAUCCACACUUGAGUGAGUUCCCCAGUAAUAUGUUUUAUGAUGGCAGUUUGCAAAACGGCGUUACCAUGGAACAACGUUUAUUACCGAAUAGCAAUUUCCCAUGGCCAAUACACGAUGUUCCAAUGAUGUUUUGGGCUAAUUAUGGUAGAGAGGAGAUAUCUAGUAAUGGCACGUCUUAUUUGAAUAGAAUUGAAGCUAUGAAUUGUGAGCGAAUAAUCACCAGAUUGUUUAAGGAUGGGAUUAAGCCUGAACAAAUUGGUGUUAUUACCCCCUACGAGGGUCAAAGAGCCUAUAUUGUUCAAUAUAUGCAGAUGAAUGGGUCCAUGGACAAAGAUGCGUAUUUAAGUGUUGAAGUUUCCUCUGUUGACGCUUUCCAAGGUCGUGAAAAGGAUUUUAUUAUAUUAUCAUGUGUUCGUGCCAAUGACCAACAAACUAUUGGGUUUUUAAGUGACCCUCGCCGUUUAAAUGUUGCUCUAACUCGUUCUAAGUAUGGGUUGAUUAUUUUGGGUAAUCCAGCUUCUUUAUCACGUAAUAUUCUAUGGAACAAUUUAUUGGUUCAUUUUAGAUCUAAGGGAUGUUUAGUUGAAGGUUCAUUGGACAAUUUGCAAAUGUGUGCUGUCCAAUUAAUGAAACCUGUACAAAAUAACAACAAAAAGAACAAUGCGAAUAAUAAUAACAAUACCAAUAAUAUUACUAAUAAGGGGAACUCUUAUAUUAAUGAUUUUACAAAUAAUUAUAACAGUAGCAUCCAUAAUAUGAAUAAUUUUAUUAAUAAUGCUAAUAACAAUUACUAUAACAAUAAUAUUAACAGCAGUAGCAGCCAUUUCGAUACUCAAAGUAUUGUCUCAUUCAAUCAAGUCCAAGAUCCUUCCUCUUUAUUUGUUCAAGAUACAGAUUUAUCUUCAUUUUUACAUAAACAGUUUAUGAAUAAUGAUGGUCCAACAGAUUACGUACAAGAAGCAUUUAGUAAUUUAAAUGUUAAAUAA